CCAAAUGAUUUUUUUAUUUCUAUGACAUUUCUACAUUAUCUGAAUGUAUAACCUUCGAAUAAAAUUUAUUACAAUAGACAAUCUGUUAAAUGUGAUAAACAAAUGUUAAAAUUAAGUGAUUGCAUUCACUUAUGUAUAUAUAUGUAUUUGUAAACAAUAAUCAUUUAUUAUAUAAUUUAAUUCAUCUGUGUAACAUAAGAUGAAACGACACAAAUAUUAGAAAAUGCUUAAGUAUUGAUUAAGAAUGGAGAUUAUUCAGUCUUUAUAUACCAACUUAAUUGAUCAAGAUAAGGGUGAUGUGUUGAAAGAAUUACUACAUGCAUGUGUAGAUGAAAUAUGUGGACGUCCUGGACCGUCUUACCACAAGUUCAUGAAUCGAAUGAAUUGGAGUAAAGAAGUAUACGAAGAUGUUUAUAAAUUAAUGAUAAUGCUUUUACGUAAUCCAGCAUGUUUAUAUUUGAUGGAAGAGAAGAUGCCUCCAGAGUAUCAUGACCUUCCUGAAUUAAUUCAAAAAGAUAUUUUAAAUUGUUUAAAAGUUAGACAAAAACAACUGACGCAUGCCUUAUUAAUGGAACAUUCAAAGCGAAAAUUACAAACUUUAGUAGACUUUGAUUGGAGAUUAAAACUUGUCAUGGGUACGAGUAAAAUGGCAUCGUUACGAGAACCUCUACUUCAAUUAGACUUUAUUGUUGAAGAGAAGGGAACAAGACGUAUCAUUGACGUUGAAAUGAACAAGGAUGAAUUAGAUACGUUGAUAACUACAAUGGAAACAAUAAUACAAUAAUGUAUUCUCUCGCUCGCGUUUUAUACAAUAAAAUUAUUACGUUUGAAAAAAAAAAACAAAUAGAAACAAGAUAAUAUAUACAUAUAUUUUAGAAAAUUCUUUUAAAAGGUUUUCAUGUGGCUCAGCACCAGUGUUACAGAAAAAAAAAAAAUAAAGAAAAAAUAUUCAAA